AUGGAUACAUAUCUCCUGAAGGCAGCGGUACUCUACGCGCUGUCUGCCACACAGCAGACGACAACCCUCGUCGAUGAGUUCCUGCAAAACACGUCAUUCGCGAACUCAGACCUGGACCCACUCGCGUACGAGCUGCUUGACCUCCGCACACCACUCGAGCGAUUGGGGGACUCCGAGAUAGUGAUACCAGCACGCCUCCAGCCGCCGAUUUUGGCCAUUGUUCGUGGAUGCGGAGAUGCGCUGGCCCGCGUCGACGCUGUGCUCAGCGAGUGCGCCGAUGGCCCACUGCGGGAGGCUCUCUGGGUGGCCAAGGUGCCGGAGGUGCGAGAUUUGAAGGACGGGUUACAGACAUGCCGGCGGGCUCUGCAGCUCGCCUUGGAGGUCGUGAACCUGGCGGCGGCCAAGGAAAUUGGUGCUGAUGCGGAGACUCUCUCGACAUAUCUUGACCAAGAUACAUCUAGAGUUUUGGCUCUGAUCCGCCGCACAAUCCAACAGGCACAGGAAGGCGAGAAUAGGGAUGGAAUGAACUUGAUUCUGAAGAAGUCACUCGAUGAUAUCCGCCUCUAUGUCCAAUCACUCUGCAGGUCACCCACCAAGGAUGAUUUGAAGCCAAUCACUCCGCCGAUGACGAUGAGGAAGCCUGUUCAGAAAGAGAAUGAGGAGUCUGGACGCAUCGACAGUAGUGGUAUCCAUGUCGCCCGAAAAUACGAGCCCAGAGAGUCCGAUACUGCCACCAAUGAUGCUUGGCAGUGGGCUGCGACCAGCCAAACGCUUGAGCAAUGCAUUUGGCAGGUGGUCACUGGGCUCUACAAGAAAGUCAAAUGCUGCGUCGACCCUAGCAUCAACAGCCAGCUCCGUCUCUCGACCGUCCUCGGCGCUGUCGUCUAUACGAACACCACGAACACCGGUCGACGACGAUGCAUCAUCGAUAAGCAGCGCACCCCAGACGCCCGGAGCGUCUCGGCAGGCCUCGUAUACAUCUCAUCCCCUCAUGGACUCUAUCCUCCCGCCCCUCCCGCCAAGAAUCCACGACGGACAACAUUGUCUUCCAUGAACGAGAGCAUUCCUGCCCUACCGUCUCCGCCGACACCUAUCGACAACUUCUCAACACCCUUCAAGGUCUUCGACCAAAUUUCUAUUGCGGGCUCUACAACAUCUCAUUCCUCUGACCGACGUGAAUCAGAGGGACUCACGCCUUUGCCUCUCUUCGCCGUCAGUCCACCCGACAAGAUUUACAUUGACCCUAGUGAGCUACCUCUCCGGUACCAGUCGAGACCUGCAGCCGUCAUCGACCUCGUACGGACCAAGAUGCUCUCAUUCAACGAAAAAGGAUCCGGACACGCCGUAACGGCAUUCCACGUGGACGUAUCUCCAGCGUCCUACAUCGUCGCAAGUAAGCACGGCGACAAAACCAUCAAGAUCUUCGGACUUCCGCUGUCCAACGUCCAGUCAUCCCUGAAAGUCAACUUCUGGGUAAGUAUGCAGCCACGGUCGCGGGACUUCUUCGUCUCCAGCCACGCCAUCCUGUCGGAGACGAGCACACUGCUCGCCGUCGCCUCCGGCUUUGGCACCAGCCUGGAGAUUUGGAACUGGGAGCGGAAGAAGAAACUACAAUCCAUCGAGUCAGCCUUCCGCUGGGCAGCCGUGAAAGCCGACAUCUACGACACAAAGCUUUACCCCCUGGCCUGCUACCGCGAGACCGGCGACGCCAUCGACCUAUACCCAGUCGCCGAGGACAGACCCGACUCCAAGAGCUCCAGCAAGAAACCAUUCGGCAAGCCCAUCUCCCUCGAGUUGUGCAAGGCCGGCCUGCCCCACGUCCCCAAGCUGCCGGAGCUGGCAUACUCAGCCACAUCACCACUGCUAGUGGCGGCCGCAGGGCCGCGGCCGCCGCGCGCAGGCCACCCGCCACCGCCUCACUCAGCCAUGCUGAUGGCGUGGGACCUCGACCGCCUGGGCAACGAUGGCAGGCCCUCGUCGCGGCCCAGCCGCGUGUGCAUGCCCCGGCACGCGGAGCUCGAGACGGCGCUGCCUUGUGGGAUGGCCACGCACGGCAACAUCGUCGUGUCGAUCUGGAUCCCGAAUAAUGUGCGGGUGAUCGGGCGGCCGGGCGCGUGGCAGGUUGAACCUGUAAACGUGCAUGAGCGUUGGGUGCUGGUGUGGGAUCUUGCAACGGACAGCACAUCGGUGUUCCCUAUUCCGGACGAGAAUACUAUUGCGUGUAUCAGUCCUGACUGUCGGUAUGUGGCGUACCGGCAAGGACCUGGGGCGGAUACCGGGGUAGGUGGAACAAGGAAUUGUCUGGUAAUAUUGGAUGCUCUCAAGGGCGGGCGGGAGUUGUGGAGGACACCAACUUUUGGAGGCGGGAUGGGCAUGGCGAGGGCGAGUGAGCAGUUGUUGGAUCUGUCGAGGGUCAUUUCAAUUUCCUUUUCGUCGGAUGGCAAAAUGUUCUUUGUGGGUGAUGUUGACGGAUCAGUGGGAGUAUACGAGAUACGAGGGGAUGGAGGAAUCAACACCAACGUCGUUCAGAAGAAAUGGUGA